AUGGAGCACCUCGUGCGCGACCCGACUCCUCUAACUCGGGUGUACCACCUCAUGGCCGAAGGGACGUCCUUCAAGGUCACAGUCGCGCUCCGUGCAAGAAGGGUGGAGAAGUGGAACCGCGGCGUAAAGAGGGACUAUCUCGACAACGCGCCAAUCAAGUACGUCGGCUUGGAUUGCGAGUUCACCAACCCUCGCGAGGUUGAUCAGCGCAUCGCCGUCCUGCAACUCUCGGUGGCGUCCGAGAAUCUGGUAUUCCAGAUUUGUCGGGCUGAUCAAGUGCCACAAGCUCUCAAGGAGUUCUUGCAGGACGGCUCCAUCAGAUUGCACGGCUCGGCUAUCGGCAAGGAUGUGGAGAUGCUGAUUCCUGGGACAAAUCUUGAGAAGAAGAAGAGGAACAAGAACAAGAAGAAGGACACCGCACAAGAAAAAGAGGACGAUGAACUCAUAUUUGGGUGGGCCAAUGUUCCAUUCAGCUUCAAGCAAGUGCGCUGUGCCGCGAUGGACGCUCGUCUGGGCUUCGAGAUGGCUAGGAGUUAUUAA